AUGUCCUUAGAAACCAAGGUCGGCCUUGCCAUGAUCCCCAUCGCCGUCGGCCUCUGCGCUUGGGGUCUCGUCCUGCUAAUCCUCUGGCGCCGCCGCAAAACUCACCAGUCACACCACCGGAUAACCUCCUUCACAGCUUUCGGUCCCGAAAAGGCGAACUCGCCCUUACUCCCCUCACCAAGCAGCAGCCUAAGCAGCAGCACAAGAAGCCGCCGCAUCUUCACAAUGGCCGCAUUCUACAGCCGCGACAAUAAACAAGGCAUGAGCGUAAUGCGACCGACGACGCCACCUCCCUUCAACUCACCAGUCGAGCGCGCAAAAACAGAUUCGAAUCCCGACUCGCCUAUCGAUGGGGGCAGCCCGUUUCGGCUGCGACCAGGGGAGGCGAGGAAGAGUCUGGGAUCAGAGAUAUCAGAGUUGUGGCCUUCGCCGCCGCCGACGGCGUGGGCGCGGCGCCUGGAUAUACUUGAGCAGCUGCCUGAGUCGCGGUUUGGGCGUGAUAUGACGGGGCCGCGGUUGAAGCGGAGUGAGAAUAGGAAAUCGCUGCGGGAUGCACGCGAUGUGACGAGACCGUCGAUGGGGGAUGACUGGCCUUUGAUAUGA